AUGAGAUCAGCAAGCCAUCGACAGAUUCUGGCAACGCUGUUGUUGGGCCAUGGGGUCUUCUUCUUAUUGUUUGCCCCUACAACGGCCUUUCAACCGUCCGUGAGAAGGACGACUUUGCAAAUAAGAAAUGCCGCCGACAAUGAUAGCAAUGGCGAUCAAGACUUUUGGACCCAACAAAAAGAGCUCAUGGCCGAAAUGACGGAUAAAGAUGAACGCACAGGCAGACAGGAGCAACAGAUGAAAUACGAGGAGCGCGCCACGGCACUGGUGGGCGACACGGCCUUUUUCAGUCUCCUCAUUUUCCCCAUUCUUUGGCUCUGUUUCGACAAUCCGCUCUUUUCACUAUCGUACCUCUUGGGAGCUCUUUUUGGACUGGCAUAUGCCUAUGGCUUGGGCAAGUACGUGGCGACUCUAGGUGGAUCUAUCGAUGAUGCCAGUACAUUGCAAGGAGCUGGCGUGGGAGAGGCGAGAUUUGCAUUCCUCAUUCUACUAUUCAUUUUUGUGGGUAAAUUUCGAAGCUAUGGAUUGGUCGAGAUUCCGUGCAUUGCAGGAUUCUUCACUUAUCAGUUGGCGUCUCUUGGUCAAGGACUCAAGGAGUUCAAUGACUAG